UGCAGCAGGGGACUCUGAUGCGUAAAGUCAAGUCCAAGAGCUGGAAGAAGCAGCGUUACUUCAAGCUGCAGGAAGACUGCAUGACCAUCUGGUACCAGUCCAAGAGGACAGGCAAAACUGAGUCUGCCUGUGAGUACCAACUGCUGUGUGUUGGCCAUGAGGCCAUCAGUAGGUUUUAAGAGUGAACAGGGAUGUGAAGGUAUGGAGAUUCUUUGGCCAUGCUUGCUAAGGGUGCUGGGGGAUUGAAGAAAGGCUCUGCAUGCAUGUGUGAUCUCUUCUCACCCACACCUCUCCAUGAAAUAUCCUGCCCCCAGCAGGACCCAUGGGUCAAAAGGGCUGAGUAGAAAUUGCAGCUGAUACAAAUGGAACCUCUGGAAUUCCAGUGCAGAAGUAAGCAGACAGAGGGGCAGAUGGAUGACUGGCUGACCUGAUAGUUCAGUGGUUAAUGGAUAGAUAUCUAGCUCAGUGGAUGGAUGGAUGGAUGGAUGGAUGGAUGGAUGGAUGGAUGGAUGGAUGGAUGGAUGGAUGGAUGGAUGGAUGGAUGGAUGGAGUGAAAGAAGGAAUGACUGGAAGAUGUCUGUGGGCGGUGCCCCUUGCCCUGUGGUCCUUGUCUCCUACAGACAGGCCUCCCCUCCCUCUGCCCCAGUCUCCAUCAGCGAUGUGGAGACGGUGCGGGAAGGGCACCAGUCGGAGGUGCUGCAGAGUGUGGCUGAGGAGUUCCCUCCUGAGCGCUGCUUCACCAUUGUCUUCUACGGCCGUCGUGGCAACCUGGACCUUGUUGCUGGCUCAGCAGAGGAGGCACAGUGCUGGGUACAGGGCCUACGUCAGCUCAUCGAGGUGGCCACCACCAUGGACCAAAGGGAGAAGAUAGACCAAUGGAUUCGUGACUGGUUCCAGAAAGCUGACAAGGAUAAGGAUGGGCGCAUGAACUUUAAGGAGGUGCAGCGUCUCCUGAAGAUGAUGAACGUGGACAUGAAUGAGGAUCAUGCCCUGCGGCUCUUCCAGGAUGCUGACAAGUCAGAGUCGGGGACACUGGAAGGGGAGGAAUUUGUACUCUUCUACAAGGCUCUCACGCAGCGUGAGGAGGUGCUGAGCCUCUUCCGGGAAUACUCUGAGGAUGGAAAGAAGCUGACACUGCUGGAGCUCGUGGAUUUCCUGCGGGAGGAGCAGCUGGAGGAUGAGGGCACAGAGGAGUUGGCCAUGGAGCUCAUUGACAAGUAUGAACCAUCAGAGACAGCCCGGGCCCGCCAUGUGCUGAGUGUUGAUGGGUUCCUCAUGUACCUCUGCUCCCCGGAGGGCUCCAUCUUCAACCCCCAGCACCGGGGGCUGUGGCAGGACAUGAGCCAGCCACUCUGCCACUACUUCAUCUCCUCCUCCCACAACACCUACCUGAUAGAGGAUCAGAUCCGGGGCCACAGCAGCAUCGAGGGCUACAUCAGGGCUCUGAAACGAGGCUGCCGGUGCCUGGAGGUGGAUUGCUGGGACGGGCCAAACGGGGAGCCCAUGGUGUACCAUGGCCACACCUUCACCUCCAAGAUCCCCUUCCGGGAGGUGGUGAGCACCCUGGGGAAGUACGCCUUCAAGACCUCGGACUACCCGGUGAUCCUGUCCCUAGAGAACCACUGCAGCAUGGAGCAGCAGGAGGUCCUGGCCCAGCAGCUCAAGGACAUCCUGGGGGAACAGCUCCUCACCACUACCAUCGAUGGGCAUGUCCCCACCCAGCUCCCAUCCCCAGAGGAGCUGAAGCACAAGAUCUUGCUGAAGGGGAAGAAGAUUGGGCGGCUGGAGGACACCCUGGAUGGGCCAGGGGAUGAGGUGCCUGAGGUGUCUGACGAUGACAAUGGGGCAGAGGCAGAGGAGGAGAGGCGGAGGGCAAAGAAGGACAAGGAGACCUUGGCACAAGCAUUGUCUGACUGUGUCAUCUACUGCAAGAAUGUGCCCUUCCGGGGCUUCCAGGAGGCCCGCAGCCAUUCCCGGCCCUCUGAGAUCUCCUCCCUUUCUGAAGCCAAGGCCAGGAAGCUCAUCCGGGAUGAAGGAAAUGAGUUUGUUCGCCACAAUGCCUGGCAGCUGACACGCAUCUACCCCAGUGGGAUGAGGACUGACUCCUCCAACUACAGCCCCCAGGAGAUGUGGAACGUGGGGUGCCAGAUCGUGGCCUUGAACUUCCAGACAGCUGGAAUGGAGAUGGACCUGUGUGACGGACUCUUCAGCCAGAAUGGCCACUGUGGCUAUGUGCUCAAACCACCCUUCAUGAGGGACAAGGAGACUCUCUUCAACCCCAGUGACCCCAGGAGCUGGGAAGGCCCUGGCCCCAUCACCCUGACAAUCCAGGUAAUCAGUGGGCAGCAGCUGCCCAAAGUGGCCAACAGCAAGGAGGGAGCCAUCAUUGACCCACUGGUGCGUGUGGAGAUCUAUGGGGUCCCCGCGGACCAGGCGCACCAGGAGACCAAGUACAUCGAGAACAAUGGGUUUAACCCCUGCUGGGAUGAGACACUGCAGUUUCAGCUCCACGUACCUGAGCUGGCCCUCGUUCGCUUUGUGGUGGAGGAUUAUGACAAGACUUCCAGGAAUGACUUUGUGGGUCAGUUCACCCUAGCAUUUGCCAACAUCAAACCUGGAUAUCGGCACAUCCAUCUCCUCUCAAAGGAUGGCACCAGCAUCCCACCCUCUUCGCUCUUUGUCCACAUCCGCAUCACUGAGCCACCUGGCCCUGAGCAGGACUGAGCUCGUGCGGUGAGCAGCACCCAGAUGGAAGCCAUAGAGCCAGCACCAAGUAGCUGGGGCCACAGAGCCAACCACCUUGCCCUCUUGUUGAGCUGUUUCUGUCAUCCCUGUGUCAUUGUUGCUGCUGUGAUUCCCUUUGCAGUAGCUUCCGAGGGCUGGGAAAAAGCACUGACCUCCCCUUUCCAGGUUCAGGAUGCUGCUGCCCAUGCAUGAGUGUGGGGUCUAUGCCACUGCAGCUCCCUGCACCCUCCACAGGCACCCUGCCCUGGCCCACGUUGACUGUGGGGAGGAAGCGAGAUGGUGUGUGGCCCAGCUCUGCUGCAGGGGCUGGUCCCCUCCCAGUCAGGGGAGCAAGGCUGGAGCUGAGCAAACCCCAGGGCUGGGCACGGCUGGGAGUAGAGUUGGUCCUUACUGCCCCCUAACCCUGCAGAGCCUCAUCACAUCCCUUGGUCCCUACAGCCCCAAAUUAACCCUUACCCCAUCCUUUCUCUGUAAGCAACUUAAUAAAUUGUUCAGUGACAAACA